AUGGCUGUUGUUCUGAUACUCGCCGUCGUAGUCUUCUUGGGGCUGCUGGCGAAGGAAUUCUACUCUUGGUAUCGGCUGUCCCAUGUCCCUGGGCCAUUCUGGCAUGGAAUCACUGGGUUUUCGAUGGCGCGAGCUGCAUUAAAUGGGUCGGUUCAUGAGUACUAUAUGGAACUGCAUGAGAAAUACGGCCCCUUGGUUCGUAUCGGUCCCAAUACCGUCAUGUUCAGCGAUGGAGACACGUUGAAAAAGAUCGCCGGCACUCGCAGUAAGUACACCAAGGGCGAGUGGUAUGCAGUCGGAAGAACCACUCCGGGAGAGGAUCAUUUGUUCUCGAUGCGCGAUGAAGAGAAGCGCAAGUAUUUGAAGAGCAGAAUGGGGCCUGGUUAUUCGGGCUUGGAGAACGGAGGCUUUGAAGCCGGCAUAGAUAAGAAUAUCACCGCGUUCGUUGACCUCAUCGACCGCAAGUAUAUCUCCACUGCAAAGGACUUUAGACCGAUGGACAUGGCUAGUAAAUCAACUUACUUUGCCCUUGAUGUUAUCAGCGAGCUUGGCUUCGGCACCCCAUACGGCUUCCUGAAAGAAGAUCGAGAUCUGUAUCAGUAUGUUGCCACGAAAGACGCCUUCUUUCCGGUCAUGAUCACUAUGGGAAACGUGCCAUGGUUGGCUACGCUUAUGCACAGUUGGCCUCUCAAUCUGGGGCUGCCAAAGUCCGGAGACGCAGCUGGAUUUGGGGCGCUUAUGGGGUUUGCCAAAACCUUUGUUGAUGGACGGUUGGCUCCGGAUACGAAGCCCGGCCGGGACAUGAUCCAGUCAUUUAUAAAUGCUGGUAUGACAAGAGAAGAGCUUACACAGGAAGUUUACGUUGAAACCAUUGCUGGUUCCGAUACCACAGCAACGGCGAUCCGUAUGAUUCUCUUGUCACUCCUAUCCAACCCGCAAGCCUUCACAGCCCUCCGAGCCGAGAUUGAUACACUAGUCUCGAAGAAGAUGAUUAGCUCUCCGAUCAAAGAUUCGGAAGCGAGAUUCAUGCCAUAUCUUCAAGCUGUAAUCCGCGAAGGUCUCCGUCUAUACCCACCGUCUACUGGCAUCGUCAGCAAGCAGGUCCCAUCAGAAGGAGACAUCGUCCAUGGAUAUCGGUUGCCCCCUAAUACACAACUGGGGGAGAACGUGUGCAGCAUCGGCCGAUCGAAGGACAUUUUUGGACCUGACGCACAUCUGUUCAGGCCAGAGAGGUGGAUAGAGGCAGCAAUGUCCGAUGAUGAAGGAAGAUAUAAGGCGAUGAUGUCAACUACCGACAUGGUCUUUGGGUAUGGCAAGUUUUAUUGCAUGGGGAGAAAUAUUGCGUUGAUGGAGUUGAACAAGAUCUUCGUUGAGCUUCUGCGCAGGUACGAUUUUGCUAUUGCAAAGCCUGAAAAGCCGAUGAGAUUGUGGAGUGCUGGAUUUUGGAUAACGCAUGACUUCUGGUUGAAGAUUACGCAGAGAGGCAGGUGGUAG